UGAGGAGGAAGAGGUGGGGAAGUUGGUGAGGGAGGGGGGGAAUUUAGUGAACAUCAUGUACCUCACCAGCGCAGAAUGCAUAGAAGCUGCUGAGCUCUAUGGGGCAAGCGCUUUAAGUGAAGCUGAAAUGGACAAGUUUUUGAGUGCUGCUGGAGGAGUGGCCAUCCCCAAGAAGCCAAGGAAGAAGUCAAAGACUUCAACCAAGGAAGUGGAUGAAGGAGCUGGGAAGGAGGUAGUGCCCAGCACUUUAGCCAGGGUGGAGGAGGAGGUGCCAAGGCUAGAGUUGAAGAGGAAGGGUAGAGAGGAGGGAGGGGCACUACAAAGGAAGAAAAGGCUGGUGGAGGAAGAAGAGAAGGGGAGCGAGGUUCCCCAGUUCAUACCUCAGUCUCCUUCUGUUGAGCUCGACCCUGAGCUCAACGAGUCUGAAGAAGGGGCUGAGGCGAAGAACAUGACGGGGGCCAAGAGGUUUAUUAAUGCCACCUUCCCCGAAGUGGACAAGCGUCACGCACGGGACGAAGCUCUGAGGUACUGUGGAGCUUCGGUGGUGAAGCACGUUUUGGAGAGCUUGAGCUGGGUGAAUGGUCUAGCCCAGGAGUUUAUGGAGAGUGUGAAGGAGCAUUCCCUCUUGCAAAGGCAGUGUGACCAGCUGCAAAAGGAGAAGGAAGAGUUGGAGAAGAAAAAUAAGGAGAUGCAAGAGGUGCUGGACGAGGUGGUUCUAGCUGUGAAGCAGCUAGAGCAGGAGAGGACUUCCUUGAGCACCAAGCUCGAGGUUGUGAUGGAGUUGAAGAAGAAUGUGCAGCUGUUGGUGCACAAUGGGAUGGAGGAGCACAUCAGCAACUUCAAAGAGGUGAAGGUUAAAUAUCCUGAAGUGGAUAUUACAAAGAUCACCUUCGGCGAGCAAGAAGAGGGAGUGGAGGAGAAUGGUGAGAGCAUGUCAGCAGACUUUCGUCCUCAGAUCAAAUUGAGGUGGGAUCGUGAUGCAGACGGACGCACUGUUUUCCUUCCAAGUUUCGACUUCGAGUUCAUUGUAGUGGAAGAAGAAGAGGUAGAGGUAGAGGUAGAUGAAGUGAGGGCAGGAGUGGAAGGAACUGAAGUGGAUGAGAGUCAACCACCUCUGUAAGUGGAGAUUCAUCCAAUUCCUUUUGACGAUGAGCAGCCUCCUCUACCAAACGAGCAACAGCCAACACAGCCACCUCUUCCAACUGAGCAACAGCUAGUUCAGCCACCUCCUCUAGUAGAGGAAUAAAGAAUUUUUUAUUUU